AUGUCUGCCCUUUCUGGGAAGCACCAGACGCGUGCAUCUCUGCGGCCCUUGCGAGACCCCUUGCGGGAAGCUGGGCGUGGAGUCGCCGCCAUUCCGGCCGAGGAGUCUUGCUUCUUGGCUCACCGACCCAUUACGCUAUGGCAAUUAGCCCUUGCGAGGCCCACCUUGGUGGGAAGCUGGGCUAACGCCUGCCUCUUGUUUUACCAUUCCCUUUGCCGGCUGACUGCCGACAGCCGCUUUUUGCCGGUUACCAAUACGUCGGGUGUUCACACCCCUAUGGAUUGCAUGCACCCGCUCGUGGAAGUCCUGCCAUCGGAAAUGGGCAUGCCAGCUUGGCAACACAUUGUGCUGGCAGCUGUCGCUCUGGUGACUACGGAUAUGAAGGCCAAGGUGACCUCUUCUGUGGAUUGUUGCUUCUCAGAGCCAUGGAUCCACGAGUUGAGCCCGCGACCGUUUCCCGAGGGGAAUGCCAAAGACGCCGCCGUGUCCAAAGAAGCCGAGAGUGCUGAUAAGCAUGCGGACCGAUGGCUCGAGUGCGGCCACGAUGCUUCCAACGCGUUGACCAGUUGUCGAGCAGCGUUUCGUACGAACCUGGGAGUGAAGCUCCUGCGCGAAAUUCCAUAUUUGUCCGCUCUCCGCGGUUGGGGAGCGCACGAGGUGGUGGGCGUCGCCGGGCGGAGCUGGCAUUCGGCGAUAGGAUCCAGCGUGGAUCCCGCGGUGGACCUCGCCGUGAACAACAGCCUCAGAGCUUUGUGGACACGCCGCUGGUGCAGAGCGGGGAGCGUCACCGCCAACUUGGAGGUCGUAAGUGCAGGCACUGCUCACCGUCCAGGCACCAACCGGGUCCGUCAACGACGCUCUGCGACUUCCGAAGCUUGUCGGACGGGAGUGCGCAACGCCGCGCCCGCGGGCGAGGCUUUUGCUACCAGAGCGGCAUGGUCGAGCGUGCAGGUUCCAAUUCAUCAGUUUAACAACAUAUCUAGCUUGGCGAACCUGGGUAUCGAGCCCAACAUCGGCGAAAGCAGCGAUGGCGAGAUCUUCGGCUACGGCCUUGGGAGCCGCAGCUUCUUCGAUCGCAUCCGCGGCGCCAAGGAGCAAGUCGGCUUCAGAGGAAAUGGGCCACUGCCACUCGCCGCCAAGCUCGCCGAGUUGAUUUGGCUGUGGUCAACUGUUCGCCUGGCAGUCGCAAGGACCAGCAGGCCCUCGACAUUGCGGCGCAGCCGCGGAGGCCAACGCCACCGCCUUGGUCGCCCUGUGCACCACGUCUACGAGGAGAAGAAGGCAACGGCGGUGAGAACGGCAAUCAAGCAAUUUGACAUUGCUUUGUGUGAGGCAACUUUGUCCGACAGGAUCACUGCACUGGAGGAGCAACUUUCUGCUCUUCAAUCUUCACGCCAAGCUUCCUUUGCAAAGCUGGAAAAGUAUCGCACUUACUUUGACAGUAGUCUCUGGAGCCUUUUUGAAGGUGCCAAAAAGCAGGCCAGCAAGGAGAGUGCAGCGAUCCGUGAGGAUUUCUUUGCUGCUUUACUUGAGCUUCGUGAAGACACUCUGGAAGCUUUAGGUGGCGUUCACGAAAGAGUAGAUCAUAUUCUUCAACAGCGAUUGCCUGCUUUACAUACAGAUAUCGACAUCCUGAGUGCUCGCCUUCAGAUCCUCGAAGGCUGCCCGGAGCCCACCGACAGUGACGCUCCAAUGGAACCUGAUGAGGCUUCUUUACAAGAUGCCGUAGUGGAACGAGAAGAUGGCAGGGAUGAUUCCAGCCCUGCUUUGUGCUUCUGCUUUGCCGUUGGUGCCGGCCGCGCCCAAGUGGAAGCCUCGGCCUCGACCGUGCUUUACGCCUGUGGACAGGUCUGCUCCGUCAGCUACGGCACCCUCGCGCGGAUGCACGUGCCAGACCUGCUUUUCGCCCUGCUCGCGAUUAUGCGGUCUACCCCUCGGAGUCCAGAUGACCUUUUUGUGGAUGACUUGCUUCAGGCUGCAGAUGCUUUUGCCCCUGCGAAGGAUUAUUCCUUUCCACCGGAACCACCUAGGGUGAUGCCUGGCAAGUUUGCUUUGCCGACUCGGCCGGCGAAUUCCACAGCUCGGGUCACCUUGCAGAACGAUGUGCAUGCCAAGCUUCGUGCCAAGGGACUUCUAUUGUGGCGUCAAUUAGUUCUGCUACUUUCACCUUUGAGCUCUGCCCUUCAGGAGAUUUUGGAGUCGGCAUCCUCAGAAGCUUUGCUUUCUCAGCUGGUUUCCUCGGUGGCUGACACGACACUGGUCAGGUAUGUUCAGAGUUGCCUGCAGUACUUUGCGUUGCUUCAGGAUCUGGGCUUCGACGCCUCACGGAUCUCCCAGGUGCAGGCCUAUGAUGUGAUGAUACAGCUUUACAGGUCCCCUGAAGAUGAAGAGGAAGUCCCUACAUCGUGCUUUCCACUUAACACACUGAAAGCUUUGAGGUGGAUGGUCAAAGUGGCCACCAUUUCUUUUCCGGAUCUGUAUACAGGGCUUUUUCACUCGGUUGCCCACCAGCGUAAUGAGGCAGAUCGCAGGGAGUCAGUGCCUCUGCCACUCGAUUUUGUGGCUUAUCUGGAGUUUUGCCUGCUUUCGAAUGCUUUUCCGGAGCUACAGUUGAACAUUGGUGCGCUGCUUGUCAUGAUCUGGGGCUCCCUGCGUUUCAGUGAUGCUAUGCACGUCAAGUGGGGCUCACUCCUCUAUGAACAAGAGGUAGGCCGUGGCAUUUCUUUCCGGACAAAGACCUCGGAGCGUGGUGCUCCCUUCGGGGUGGUCGGGGUCGGACUGAUUGGCCCGUGGUUUUCCUCCUGGCUUGCUUUACUGAAAAAUGAGUGGGGUCGUAUCGGUAAUGUGGCAGGCCACGUGGAGCCGGAUGCUUUACUUUUCCACUCAAGUGAUGAUGAGCUGUUCGUCCCAAUGACUUAUGGAGAAGGCCUUGCUACUUUGCGACACCUUCUGUGGCAGUGGAAUAAGCUUUCCAAGGCCCAGGUGGAGAAUUUUACUUUACAUAGCUGUAAAACAACGCUGUUGUCAUGGGCGAAUCAACUUUGCAUCAGCGAAGCUCGGCGAGCCGUGCAAGGACAUCACAGGCACAGCAGCGCACGCCUCUACAGCAGAGAUGACGUCUUCGGUGCGUUAACUUUACAAAAAGAGCUGUUGCUUGCGAUUCGACAAGGAUGGCGGCCUUUGUGUCCCCAACACCGGGGAGGACAAGUUCCUUUACACGAACCGGCCCUGGAGAAUCGGUCAGUCAGCUUUGCCGAUCCAUGCUUUGCGAUCCCAGGGGGUCCGCCGUCUUUUGACCAUGCUUCUCAGCUUUGCCCCACUGUCGAUGUGGAUGCAGACUUGGCAGGUGAUACCUUUACGGCAGCAUCGGGCUCCGCACUGCUUUCGGCCCCGGAGAAAGCAGCUACUUUGCCGGUGCACUCGUCAGGCGAUCAGGGCUCUCCGGAGGAGCUUCUUUUCAUCAUCACUGCCAAGACUAUACACAAGGCGGUGGUUUGCUCGGAGCUCGAUCGGUGUACCACUUUCCAAGGAGUGCACCUGAAACCUGCUUGCGGAUGCAUCGUGAGCGUCUUCCAGGUGGUGCAUUUUGCACCCACAGGCAAGAAACUUUGCAGACACAAAGCAUGCUUGGAGCUUUGA